GGCGCCGGCUUUCGGCACGACGAUCGCCGCGUUCCAUCGUCGCGCGGCCCUUCGGGCGCCAGAUCCCGCAAUGUCUGGCCCGAACGGGGACCUGGGGAUGUCGGUGGAGGCGGGAGCGGAAGGCGAGGAUGACGGCUUCGGGGAAGCAGAAUACGCCGCCAUCAACUCCAUGCUGGACCAGAUCAACUCCUGUCUGGACCACCUGGAGGAGAAGAAUGACCACCUCCACGUCCGCCUCCAGGAGCUGCUGGAGUCCAACUGGCAGACACGCCUGGAGUUCCAGCAGCAACUCGGGGAGGACCCCAGCGAUGCCAGCCCCUAGGCUCCAAGAGCCCCUAACCGGGCCCCCACCCUGCCUCCCUGGGCUAGACUCUGGCCUGGGUACUCACCCCCUGGCUUAGACACCUUCUCAGGGGUUGGCCUUCAGGGUCCCUGGGUGGGUCUGCCUGCCUGGUCCACCCUUCUGGCCACUCCCCUUGGCCUAUCUGGGCCAGCCCCCACUGCCUGGCAUUCCCUCCUGGGGCCAAGAGUGGGCCUGCAACCCACCCACUUGCCUGCCCACCCAACUCCUGGGCACUCCCCACUCUGCCCAGGCCUUGAGUGUCCAAAUUAAACGGGUCUCCCACA